AUGCUUACAAUUAGUUUUGACGUGCAGUCUGAGGAUCUGAAACUUUGCAAAUGCUUAAUUCUAUGGUCCAAUGCUGGAUCAAGAAUUCCCGGAGGAGAAAACGCUCCACUUGAUAACUUUGACAGAGAAAAGCCACAGUUGCGACCCCAUCAGGUUCAUCCUGUUCUCGAUUCCCGCCAAACUAUCAUCUGCUACGACAAACCGCCUCCGAUUACAGUUUCCGAUCGACCUCCUUCGCCGCCUCCAGCUAACGCGUGCUACCCUCUCGCGCCCAACAUUUGCGUGGAGGCGGGCCGCAUUCAGUUUAUCCGUCAGGAGGCAGAGGGCGCCCCGGUGCCGCCGCCUCCGGAUCCCGCGACAUCAGCUUCGGCAACGGCGCCACCGUCUGCUGGUGCAGCGAGGAUUACUGUCACGAGAGGAUUGCAAACGGAACUGCAGGAGAACGACGAAGUCGAGAGUUUUAGAGAAGUGCAGAUCAGAUUUAGAUCAGAUUCAGAUCACAAUCCACUUAUCACCAACAUUACACUCAUCCUUAAAAAUAUUAAAAGAAAUCAAAGAAUCCUUACAACAGACAGAAGAAAACUUAAAGAAGCUAAAGUUAAGGACUGUCUCCAACAUGAACUGCAUGUGAACUGCAACAAAUUGAACACAAAAACCAAUGAUAUUGACGAGUACUGGGAUCGACUAAAAUAUUGUCUACUGGAGUCCUGUAAAGAAAUACUAGGCUUCCGCAAGGAGACAAGAAGAUUAGAUGAAUGA